UGUUCUUCUGGCAACCGCCGCCGAAAAAUCGUCCCUGGCCCACGGAAAUUCGUUCUCCGAGUGUAUCCAUUGUGCGUCGAUGAAGAGAAUCACGUGAUCGCUGCAGCAACCGGUUCGACAAUGCGGCCGAUUGGCUGGACGCUGACGUGCGUGUUAUUGGCAUGCACUUUUUCGAAAAGCCCGAGGGUCGAGAGCGCACGCGUCGUGACCGCGAGAGGAGACGAAGCUGGACGCGCCAAAGUCACAAAACUUUUCCCGAUUUACGACCAAGAGGCGGUGGAUCCUGACGUGCGGGCGCUCAGGGAAUUCCUGGACGAUUUAUUCGGUACCGAGAGCAAGGGUCCAGAAUCAACUGGAAGGCAAGCCCGUACUUUUGGCGUGAAGCGAAUUCAAUUCAUGCUGAUGCCGAUGGUGUACAAAAUGGGAGUGAUGAUGACCAUGAUGACGGUGUUGACGGUGAUCUCGUUGAAAGGAUUGCUUAUUGGCGCCACACUGUUGAUGCUCAAGAUAAGCACGAUAAUCGCAAAGUUUUCGACUGGUUGGGGCCAGCAGCAACCGCCAUCCUGGUCGGCUCAACCCAUCCACGUGCACGUUCACAACAGUCUACCAGUCGGUCACCAGCAAGCAUACAGCGACUGGAUGCAGCACAGCGGUCCAGGAGACGAGGAACACUAUUAUUACAGAGGAUAAUGGAGAAACGCUUCGAGAGCAUCCUGCUCCUCCCGCGGAUGAGAAACUGUUUCAUCGUCGACCACAAACGAAACCAGGCUAUACGCACGUUACGUUACGUCCGUCAUCGUUGCUUUUUCUUUUUUCUUUUUUUUUCUUGGUCUGUUCAUGCAUCAUCUAUUUCUCUUGCUGUUGCGGUUUGCGCUCGACGAUUGAGCGAAUCGAAACACCUUUGAACGUAUCACGCAUUUAGCCCACGAUGGCACACCCUGCGAACCAAAGCAAGUGAUCUGGGGACGUCCUGUAAAUAAUAGCGCAGUCUGCCAGAAGCGAUACGGAACGAAAGAAUGUACAAUGAAUUUUAGUGGUUUAGUUGUUGUAGAGGAAAAUUACUUUGAUCGCGAGGAUGGGAUACCGUGGAUUCCGUUAAAUGUAAACAGUGGCGUGCUCGAAGGCGUGGCUCGAAGGUCUGUUAUGACUUGGAAUUUCUAGGACGUUGAUAUCAACAAAUCUGUAAACCUCUGUGAAUUACUUUUUGGGGUGAAUAGAGUUCUAGUGAAUUAAUUUUAACACAUUUUGGCUCUCAAGCACUUGCAAUGAUAAUUUUACUCGUUAUUUUAAUAAAGAUUAAAACAAAUAAAAUUUUAUUUAAAUUUGAAAAUAAUUAUAUAUUCAUGCAUACUGUAUAAAAAUGAUACAUAUGAGAUAAUAUAUGAGAGAAAACUUAUAUUCUUUUAUCUAAUUUUUCGAAAUUGGAAAGUAUCUAUCUUACACGUUACGUAUUUUUAGACAAAUAGCAAAUAAUUGCACGUUCAAAGUAAUUUUCCUUGCCACUCGUGUAACCGCACAAACAAAUUUAUUCCAAGUCUUUCACUCGCACUUUCACGAAUAGCCUGCAGUUUUACGCAUUUAUGAUGCGUAUAAAAGUGAUAAACACAUGUAAAGCGUAUGCAAUAUACACCCAUUAUUUAAAAUAAAUUAUUAAUGUAACUAUAUUAAUUUAAGAAAUAUUUACCUACAUACAUAUUGUAUGGGUUUCUUAUAUUAAUAUACGUUUAAUUAGUACAAGAAAUGCGCAGACUAUUUAUGAAAAUGUUCAUUCUUCUGGUUGACUGUGCCACGAUUUUCCGGAUACCCUGUACAAGUAUUAACGAGUAACUAGACGAAUUUAAUUUAAUUUAAUUUAAUAUGAAUUUAGUGUCAGUAGGCCCUAACUAGGAGAUCGAGAUACCGAAAGUGUCUCUCGCCUUGUGGUCUGGACCAAACUGUUAAACCAAAAUCACAGACAUCUACGUUUAAGGAACAACCGUGAUUACCUCACGUUACCAUUAAUUUAUUUGUAUAAAAAACGAAUACACCGCUCGUCGUACGUCUACCUAUUUAUAAAAUUACAUGUAUCGUCGUA